ACGUGACCAAACCUCAUUUUUUUUCCACAAACGAAAGUAAACGAAGAAAAACGUUGAAGACUGAAGUCAGUCCGAUCCGGAGAUUAGGUGACAAAGACUCAGAUUGACACGAAGGUUACUUUCACGGGAAAUAUAAGGCGGGAUCAUGGCAAGCGCGCCGCCAGCGGAUCCAGGCCAGUACUACUCAGGAUAUCCGCAGCCCCCAUCGUAUGAGCAGACGCUGAACGCUCCGCAGGUCCCCUACGGCUUCGCCCCUCCUCCUCCGGGAUACUCGCCUGCUCCCCCUGGAUAUGACAAGACACCGCAGCAAGCCUACUCGCCACAGCAAGCCUACCCGCCUCAGCAAGGCUACCCGCCUCAGACUUUCAACCAGCCCUACCCACAACAGCCAGUCACAACAGUACCAGCAGCUAAUGUGACCGUGCAGACGCUGUACGUCCAGCCUGCUGCUGUAUUUGGAGAUUUUCCUGUCGUUGUCAACUGCCCCGUGUGUGCCCAAAUGGUCACGACUCAAGUGGUGCGCAAAGACGGAGUGCUCACCUGGCUGGCUUGUGUGGCCCUUGCCUUUGUUGGGUGCAUUUACGGCUGUUGCUUGAUCCCGUUCUGUGUGGAUGGUGCGAAGGAUGCAGAGCACCACUGUCCGACCUGCAAGUCGGUGCUAGGAGUCUACAAGCGCCUGUGAUCCUUUCUCUCCUGCCACAAAUACAUACUCACUUUUUCCUAUUGACCGCUUGUGCCUUGCCAACAUUUUGUCACACUGUUAUUAUUAGCUGUAAGUGAACUGACUGUCCAGUUAUUGAAGACCCGACUUAAUAUGAAGAUUAUAUGCAAGUUGGAAGUGAUAUUGUGAAAGAUUGAUUUCAGUAGCCUAUGUGUUGUCUUGUCAGAAUGUAGCUGCUUUUACAGCCAAACAGCACGACACGUUGCCUUCUGUGUUGCCUUUUGAGUGUAGAAAAAAACUUCCCAACCAGUCUGGUGGUGGAUAUGAUACUACAUAUUUAAUAUUAAAAUGUCAAGAUUAAGAAAGAGAUUUUAAAUGGGAUUCUAAUAAAACAGCUGACCCAUGUGAAAAAAAUGAUAAUAAUAUGCACAUCAUAGGCUGUUGAAGCCAGAUGUUUUUAUUUCAACUUUUUAUUACAGACACAUUAUUUCUCUCAAUGGCCAGUUAAUUCAUGCCUGCAUUUUAACUCAUCGUGUAGUUAAAUUUAAAUUAAGUUAAAGUAAAUGAAAUUAAAUUUAAUUAAGACAGACAACUUACACCAGUUUGUAUGGGAAAGUUUAAAGCCCUUUACGCUGUGGGAAAUUAAAUUUGUACUACAGUGGGACAAAACAUGUUUUUAGAGUGAAGAUUGAAUCGCUGCUGUGGCUUAAACCACAAACCAAAAUCAUUCACACUGACAUUUUGCACCUUUGGUUAUUUGCGUAACUGUAAUCAGUAUGGCUUGCCACUUGUGUUUCUUUUUUUUUUUCACCCCAAAGGAUCGUUUACUUUUCUGUAUUGCUACACCACUCAUUUGUGACCAAACUUGUAUAUCAAAAACCCAUACAUGUGUCAGUGUAUCCGUCCUACCUUAUCUGUGCACACUGGGACACAGACAUAUGUAAUCAGAAUUGAAGAAUAAACAUAUUGUUAUAUCUAACUAA